GUAGCGUAAUGACGUCAUGUCGUAAAAAUAAACACACGAGUCCAACAUUUGACGGCAAUGUGCGAUUUAAAAAUGCGAUAUGGCUUCCUCGCUGAUUUGCGGCGAAACACAAAGCAGGGUGAGUUCGGUGUUAAACAGAGAUGUAAAGCAGUUUGGAAAGAAGUACAUGUUUGACUGCAAUGAGGAGACGUGCUGGAACUCAGACCAGGGUGAAUGUCAGUGGGUGUCACUGGAAUUCCCGGGGUCUGUAAAAGUGUCGGAGAUAAAGGUCCAGUUUCAGGGAGGCUUCUCGGCCAAAACAUGCAGAUUAGAAGGUUGUCCCAAAGAAGAAGACCUCAAAGUGCUCGACUGCUUUUACCCAGAAGACGACAACUCUCUGCAGAGCUUUCCCAUACAGGAGGCCAUUGCGGUGGACAAAGUAAAAAUAAUGUUUGAGAAUAGUGCUGACUUUUUUGGGAGAAUCAUAAUUUAUUCCUUGGAGGUCCUGGGGGAAAAAGCUUCGUGACCACCACGUUUUUUUUUCUUCCCCCUCUUCUCGUGAGAGGAAAUGACCUCUGGGUAAAGUAUAGGAUGGUGUGGUGACACUCUGAAACGCGUCAUCUGCGCUACCACCUUGCAAACUGAUGUGAACUUGGCCUUUUUUGGUAUGAAUGCAUUCAGAGAGAUGUCCCACAAUCUCACAACUAUCAAGUAUUUGCUGCAGUCAUUAAAGCUUUUGUACUCUGCUCUCCAUACCUAUAUUGUGCCUUUUUCAUUUAAACCAUAAUUUCAAUUAAAAUAUAUUUUGUUUAUUGUAAAACUUGUUUUUUUGUAAUUUAUGGUUUGGUUCCUGAAGCAAAUAAAAAUUCUUCUGCAGCACAACCGUCACAUUUUAGUUGUCCCGUCCAUGAUUUUUUUGUUUUAAAGGGGACCUAUUAUGAAAAACAAGUUUUUUUUCUUGUUUUAACAUAUAUAAAGUGGUCUCCCCUCAGCCUGCCAACUCAGAGAAGGAGGAAAGCAACCAAAUUCUGCGGUGUCUGUACAGCCGCCCGGAUGAGCCGUCCAGUCUGAUGGGACUUCUACGAGCCGUUCAGAUUCGGUGCAUUUUCGUUACGUAACCAAAAUGCAAACCACGCCCACAACUAAACACCGUGUCCUAACUGCAUGCGAGCGUCCGACUAUCGCGUCGCAUUGCGUGACAUCGGACGCUCUCUGUCCAUCUCCCUCCAGCCAGCUGCCACUUUAUUGAGGUUUUUGUAGUGAAAUGAGGAGGUAUCAUAGAGAUAACUUCUCAUUUCAACUAACUGGAUCAGCCGUUCCUCAUCCAUGACUGUUUCCUACAGCGCUUUCAACCGGCUUUCAGAGGCAGGAAGAAAAUAGAAGCGGGGGCAUCCGACAAAUGUUCAGCUCAAAACGGCGCGCCAGCUCGCGCUGUGCAGCGCUUUGUCGCUGCGGCCAGUUAGGACAGUCCAAUAGAAAAUAAAGCAAAUGGAUGGAUGGAAUUGAUUUUGUCGCUGAUGCUCACUCGCAUCGCAUGCAGUUAGUACACGGUAACUCCGCCGGCCGGCGGAGUUACGAGGUUAGAGAAUGGGAAGAUAAAGACAUGGCUUAGAGGCUGAAUUUCUAAUUUAUUUAGCAAAAACAAUCAAAAGCUUGUUUUUAAGACAUUCAAGGCCUGUUUAGUAGGUAUUAGAUGCCAUAAUAGGUCCCCUUUAAACAUACAAUGUCAGACAUACAAACAUAUGCAUUUAAAUGGAAUGAAAAUCUGAUCAAUUAGGAAAUGCAGUUUUGUAUGUAAAUGUUUCUACAUAUGGGCUGAACUGUCAUGUUGAAAAGUCAUAACAUUUGUCUUCAUCGCCAACAGCUGCUCGUGAAUCGGAGAUAAGAUGUGUCAGAAUGUCUUUUAUGGAUUAAGUUCAACAUGUGUCAUGUUGGUGGCUUGUAGAGUUUCAGGAUGUGGUCCUCCAAAACCUUCUGAACUGGGGGAGAAAAAAAAAAAGAAAAGUUAAUUCUGCAAAACAAUUUUACGGCACACUCUUAGAAAUAAAUUCCAGGUUAGAGUUUGGGCUCUGGUUCUGGAUAGAGAAUUUGAAAUAAUUUCAGAAAUAAGAGUGCUACUGAAAAUCUUCUAAGUCAUAAGCAGACAUCUCCAAGGAAAAAAACAAUAGACUAUCAUGUUAAAUACUUGCAAAGGAUGCUGGUUGUUCUGAGUUUUUUUUCUUCAACGCUAUAAAUGAUUUAUUCAAACUUGAGUGCUGACAAUAAUUGUGAAAGUGAUGUAUAGCGGGUAGAGGAACAUGAUACAUACUUUUUUUGUGUCCAAGGGCAACAGCUAAGGCCAUUGGACUGUACCCAGAGUCUGACUCAAUGGUCAUAUCUGCUCCUUUGGCUGAAAGAAAGCACCGACACAGGAGUUAAAGCAUUUAAACUGAAUGUACUUCAAUUUCUUCUGAUUAAUAAACAUUUUACACAC